GCGCCAGCCAAAGCGGCCUUUCGACGCUUGAAGAGAAAAAAAGGCAAAGCAAAACUCACUCAUAUUACAUAUAAAACUGCCUUCUGCUUUCAAAUCGUCUUAUGUUUCCGUCGCUUCAAACACAAAUAUGAUGAAGCGUCAUGUAUUCAAGUUCGCCCGCUCGCGUAUGGGCUUUGCAGAUUUCAAUUGCUUCCUGGUGGACUUCGAAACUGGGUCUUGUUCCACCUCCAGAAACAGUGAUUCUAAGGGUUUACUUAGUCAUCAAAUGAAUGCAUCCGCACCAAGGAUGUGCUCGACUUCUUGUGCUAAGGUACCAGAAGAUCUUCCAAAAGACAACCCUGUUUCUGAUAUGUUGCUUGAUUCAUUUGGAAGGCUCCACACUUACUUGAGGAUCUCCCUGACCGAACGUUGCAAUCUGCGAUGUCAAUACUGUAUGCCAGCAGAGGGUGUGGACCUCACUCCCAGCCCUAAAAUUCUUUCACAGAAUGAGAUUGUUCGCUUGGCAAAUCUGUUUGUAAGCUCAGGAGUGGAUAAAAUUCGUUUGACUGGAGGGGAGCCAACCAUAAGGAAAGAUAUCGAAGACAUAUGCUUACACUUGUCUAACUUGAAUGGAUUAAAAACACUGGCCAUAACCACCAAUGGAAUUACUCUUGCAAGAAAACUUCCCAAGCUGAAAGAAUGUGGGCUUACUUCUGUGAAUAUUAGUUUAGACACGUUGGUCCCUGCAAAGUUUGAAUUUAUGACCAGGCGUAAAGGGCAUCAAAAGGUUAUGGAAUCAAUUAAUGCUGCCAUAGACCUUGGAUAUAAUCCUGUUAAGGUAAAUUGUGUGGUGAUGCGUGGAUUCAAUGAUGAUGAGAUUUGUGAUUUUGUAGAGCUGACACGUGAUAAACCGAUUAAUAUUCGAUUUAUUGAAUUCAUGCCUUUUGAUGGAAAUGUUUGGAAUGUUAAAAAACUGGUACCCUACUCGGAAAUGUUGGAUAGAGUGGUAAAACGGUUUCCAGAUCUAAAGAGACUUCAGGAUCACCCAACAGAUACAGCCAAGAAUUUCAGGGUAGAUGAGCAUGCUGGUGCAGUUUCUUUUAUCACAUCAAUGACUGAGCAUUUUUGUGCUGGAUGCAAUAGAUUGCGACUCUUAGCUGAUGGAAACUUCAAAGUCUGCUUAUUUGGUCCCUCUGAGGUGAGCUUAAGAGAUCCCCUUCGUCAAGGUGCUAAUGAUCAUGAACUCAGGGAAAUAAUCGGGUCAGCGGUGAAGAAGAAGAAAGCUUCACACGCUGGAAUGUUUGACAUUGCAAAGACAGCAAAUAGGCCUAUGAUACAUAUUGGUGGCUAAUGCUUGAAUACUUGCAGGUGGAGAGGAUAAAUGUAUCCGUCGCGUGGAGAGGAUAAACGUAUUUUGUAGUGCCAACCUUGCUAUCUCAGGACAGAGGGGAAGAGAAGAUUAUGUUACUGGGUUACUGGCUGUAUGUAAAAGCAAAGCAAGCAAUGAGAUAUCAAUCUUUCGGGACCACGUAAAAGAUCUUUACUGUUGUACUCUUAUUAGUAUAGUUGUGAUCAACGUGUUGGCAUUUAUGCUGAAACGAACAGCCUCCUUGUAACCUAUCUAUAACUGAAUGGACUAAAUGACGAAUUUUUAUUUACUUGUAUUGUAUUUAGAUCCAUCAUACAUGCCAAAUUGAAUUCAUUGUUUUCGAAC